GCUAUAGGACUCAGAAAGGGCCGGCGCUUCUAACGGCCUUAUUCUCAUCCUCGAGCAAGAGAGAGAGAGAGAGAGAGAGAGAGAGAGCGAGCGAGUCUGAGAGAAAGCAAAGGCUUCGGAGAGUGAGGAAAGCUUUGAGGUUGAAAGAGUUUCUGUUGUUUCAGGUUUUGGAACAAUGGGUGCUGGUGGCCGUAUGUCUGUUCCCCCCACUGCUAAAAAGUCUGAAUUUGGCCCUCUGAACCGAGUUCCUCACUCAAAGCCUCCAUUUACUCUUGGUGAAGUCAAAAAAGCCAUUCCACCGCAUUGUUUCAAACGCUCUGUGAUCCGCUCAUUCUCCUAUGUUGUUUAUGACCUUACUCUAGCUAUUCUUCUUUAUUAUGUUGCCACCAACUAUUUCCAGUACCUUCCUCGACCUCUCUCUUAUCUGGCAUGGCCAAUUUAUGGGUUUGUCCAAGGCUGUAUCCUAACUGGUGUGUGGGUCAUAGCACAUGAAUGUGGCCACCAUGCCUUCAGCGACUACCAAUGGCUGGAUGACACCGUUGGUCUCAUCCUUCACUCCUGUCUUCUUGUCCCUUACUUUUCUUGGAAAUAUAGCCAUCGCCGCCAUCAUUCAAAUACAGGUUCCCUUGACAAGGAUGAAGUAUUUGUACCCAAGCAAAAAUCAGGUAUUCGUUGGUAUGCUAAAUACCUGGACAACCCAGUUGGCAGACUCUUGACAAUCACCAUUACACUCACUUUGGGCUGGCCUUUAUAUCUAGCAUUCAAUGUUUCAGGCAGGCCCUAUAAUCGGUUUGCCUGCCACUUUGAUCCAUAUGGCCCUAUCUACUCUGACCGUGAACGGCAGCAGAUAUUCAUUUCUGAUGCCGGUGUUCUUGCAGCAUUUUAUGGGCUUUACCGUCUUGUCUUGGCAAAAGGGCUUGCUUGGGUUUUAUGCGUUUAUGGAGGGCCAUUAUUGGUUGUCAAUGCAUUUCUUGUUACCAUAACAUACUUGCAGCACACCCACCCUUCCUUGCCACAUUACGAUUCAUCUGAAUGGGACUGGUUCAGGGGAGCUUUAGCCACUGUUGACAGAAGUUAUGGUAUAUUGGACAAGGUUUUCCAUAAUAUAACAGACACUCAUGUGGCUCAUCAUUUGUUCUCAACAAUGCCCCAUUACAAUGCGAUGGAGGCUACAAAAGCAAUCAAGCCCAUUCUGGGAGAUUACUAUCAGUUUGAUGAGACACCGGUAUACAAGGCAUUGUGGAGAGAGGCAAAGGAGUGUAUUUAUGUUGAGCCUGAUGAGAAUGACAAGAGAGGCGUCUUUUGGUAUAAGAGGUUAUGAUGAUGAUAACUUAUUUAAAUGCAGGUAGUGAAAGGGUUACUGUCUUGUUAGAGGUUCCCAUUUCCUAAUCUAUUUAUAGGUUGCUUGGAACCUCUAAUCAUGGUUGUGCUCUUUCAAUAAUUUCGCGUUUGUUGCAGCAGAAAUGCAAAAAAAUAAAAAAUAAAAAAAAAUUUAGAGCUUUUUAAAUUUUGGUUUUAUGUUGAGCAGAAAUCUAGUUUUUUUAUUUUCCUGUCUGUCUUAGCACAAUUUGAAGCCAAUGCAAUGUAGUUUGAACAUGUUAUUUAUUUAUUUUUUUUUCUUAUCGUGCUACCCUUUGGUAGUUUAUCUAUA